UCCACACUCGCGCGUGCUUCCAAGGACGCGACCUUUUUGCCCUUUCUUCUUUUCUCUUUAUCGGGGAUCAGAAUAGGAAUAGGGCUUGCUUCCCGUGUCAUGCCCCCCUCGCCUCCCGAUUGGUAAAGCUUCUCGCUUGUUUCCUUCCGCCUCCGCCAUGAACCGCCUUCUGACGGUGGUAGCGGAGGCCGCCGACUACUCCUUCGCCGUCGAGUACAAUGGCCCCCCGCUCCCCUACGAGAUCCCCCGCGCCGUUCCCAUCGACGUCAACCGCAUCCCUCUCGCCGCCGUCGCCCCGCCCUCCGCCGUCCUCUCCGACCUCCCCGUCGUCCACCCCCUCCCCUCCCCUUUCAAGAAGCCGCCGCCGCCGCUCCCUGCGCCGACGCUGAUCCCGCCGCUCCCCGCCGCGUCCCCGACCUCCGUCAUCGAGAACCACGACGACAUGGACGGCCCUGACGCCGAUGUUUCCGGCGCGCUGGGCUCCUCCGGCUUCCCCGACAUCUCCACGGAGCUCUCGGAGGUCGUGGAGAGCUCCGGCGCAGUCGGGUUCUCCGACGAUCUCGGUUACGACGCGACUUCCUCGAACGAGAUGGUGCCGAACCGGCUCUCGACCGAGUCGGCCCUCAGCUCGGAGUUGAGCUUCCGGUCGUCCGCCUCCGGCGACGAGGACGAGGACGAGGCCGUCGCUACCCAUGCGAAGAAGGCGCUGCUCGUGACCUUCCAAGAAUCCGGCCAGUCCAUGUCGCCGGCGAUAGGACUCACUCCUCGUACGAGGUCGGAGGAACUGGAAAUGCCGAUAAAAAAGGGAGCUUGCUAUAGGUGCCUGAAAGGAAGCCGUUUCACGGAGAAAGAGUCCUGCUUGGCCUGCGACGCAAGGUACUGCAGCGGAUGCGUGUUGAGGGUCAUGGGCUCCAUGCCCGAAGGGAGGAAGUGCGUUUCUUGCAUUGGUUAUCCGAUACUGGAGUCAAAUAGGGAGAGACUGGGGAAGAGCUCCCGGGUCUUAAAGAGGUUACUGAGCUCUCGGGAAGUGCAGCUGGUGAUGAAGGCCGAGAAGGACUGCGAGACAAACCAAUUGAGACCGGAAGAUAUUUGUGUUAACGGGAAGAAGCUCACCCUGGAGGAGAUGGUCCUGUUGAAAAGCUGUUCUUGUCCUCCUAAGCUGAAGCCUGGAUUGUAUUGGUACGACAAGGUCUCUGGUUACUGGGGAAAGGAAGGGCACAAGCCCGACAGAAUCAUUACUCCACACCUUAAUGUUGGGGGUACUUUAAUGCCAAAUGCAAGCAAUGGAAACACUGGAAUCCUGAUAAAUGGUCGGGAAAUUACUAAAAUUGAGCUGCAGAUGCUGAAGUGGGCAGGAGUCCAUUGUGCUGGGAGUCCUCAUUUUUGGCUGAAUGCUGAUGGGACAUACCUGGAGGAAGGACAGAAGAAUAUAAAAGGACAGAUUUGGGGAAAGCCUAUUAUGAAGCUGCUCUGCCCUGUUCUUGCAUUGCCAUUUCCUAGUAAGGUUGCAAAUCCUUCUGGAGAAGAGGUAAAUAAGUUGUUCAACAGAGCUGUUUCUGAGUGCUUUGAUGUAAAAGCACUCCAGAAGAUUUUGUUGGUUGGACACCAUGGAUCAGGGACGGGUACAAUUUUCAAACAGGCUAAAUUCUUGUAUAGAAGUGUUCCUUUCACGGAGGAUGAGCGUCAAGACAUUAAGCUCAUGAUACAAACAAGCAUAUACAACUACCUUCUCAUAUUGCUUGAGGGGCGUGAAUGGUUUGAAGAGGAGAGUUUGAAUGAGCAAAGAGAAAACCAGCAACUAGAUUCUUCAGGAGAUGACAUAUCAGACAAACAGAAAAAAGCCACUGAAUUCUCUCUCAGUCCACAGCUGAAAGCAUUUUCUGAUUGUCUUCUUAAAGUUGUGGCUUCUGGCAAACUUGAAGAUUUCUUCCCAAAUGCGCCACUCGUAGAGGAGUUGUGGAAUGAUUCUGCUAUUCAAGCGACAUACAAGCGGUUAAAUGAACUUCAGUCGCUCCCUAGCAUAGCCAGUUACUUCUUAAAGCAGGUUGUUGAUAUAUCCAGAAUCGAGUAUGUGCCUUCUGAUAUUCAUAUUCUCUAUGCUGAUGGAAUAACUUCCUCCGAUGGUCUAGCAUGUACGGAGUUCCAUUUUCCACCGUUGGCUUGUGCUGGAAGUAGUAUUGAUGAUGAUGAUCGACAGGAGACAAUGUUUAGGUAUCAGCUCAUCAGAGUCCACAGCAAAGGCCUUGGGGAGAAUUGCAAAUGGCUAGACAUGUUUGACGAUGUCCAGAUCGUGGUUUUCUGUGUUGCUAUAACUGACUAUGACGAAUACUAUGAAGAUUCGAAUGGGGUAGUCAUGAACAAGAUGAUGGAGAGCAGAAGGCUCUUCGAGUGCAUCGCCAGUCAUCCGACCUUCGAGCAGAAAGAUUUUCUUCUGAUCCUCAGUAAAUUCGAUCUGCUUGAGCAGAAGAUAGACAUGUCUCCUCUAACCUCGUGUGAAUGGUUCGACGACUACAGUCCUGUAGUAAGUCGACAUCCACAGAGCAAAACCAGCCGUGGUGUCCCCAUUGGUGCCACCAAGGCCCAGCAAGCCUUUCAAUACAUUGCUGUGAAAUUCAAGAGGUUAUUCUUUUUGAUGACGAGGAGGAAACUCUAUGUGGUUCAGGCAAACGGUUUAGAUUCAGAUUCCGUCGACGCAGCACUUCGAUACUCAAGGGAGAUCAUCAAGUGGGAAGAAGAUAGGUUUGUGGGUGGCACCCUUGAAUCAAUGUAUAGCACAGAGCCAAGCUCCUUCUCUCAGUGACAUCUUCAGGAAGAAACAGCUGUAAAUAUAUAGCCUUCUCUUUUUCUUUUUCUUUUUUCAUUGUUGCCUUCAUCUAAAAUGUCAUCCAUGUUGUGUGUAUCCAUUAUUUGUAAUAGCUCAGUGCAAGAAAUAGGUUCUUUGUGUAUGUCCAUUAGAAGAUUCAACCACCUUGUUAGUGAUCUGUACAUUGGUGGGCGGCUAUGCAAAUAAGCUUCCUGAUGAAGUGUUUCAGAGUAAA